AUGCAUUGAGGCCCUUGGAAUCCCAGCGCAGCUUUGAGGACCUUCCAAGCUGGUCUUGGAAGAGGGGUUUUAGCCUCACUCGGCAUACCCUGCUCUCAUUUCUGGCUCCAGGGGGGGUGAGGAAGGCUAAGGGGCUUGUUUGUGUGGUGGUCAGUGGCGGCAGCCCUUGCAGCGCUGCUGCCACCCACCACUCGGAGGCAGCCAAGGUGUUGGUCUGCUGGUGCGCUGAGGGUACGUCUUGGAGGACCAGCACUCUGCCACCCAGCACCGGCCAUUGCCAUCAGAGCCAAAGAGGGAAGCUACGAUUGUUUGGCAAGCCCAGCGUUGAGCUGUGGCUGGCACUCCUGCUUGAAAUGCCCUUGCCACCUACCACCCUGUUCCAGCGUCCCUUUCAGAGGACUUGCUUCUGCGCUGGGCAGAGGAGACGCUUCUCAGGGCACUUCUGCUGCUCGCUAUGCCAAGAGCUUCAGUUUUACCUCCUGUUGCCUGGGUGAGGAUCACCCUCCGUAGCUUCAUAGCUCAAUGUGUUCACGAGGGAUGCCUUUGCUUUUAUCUCCCAGCUCCAAGCAGAGGAUGAAAGUUGAAACUACCAGCGUAGAGAAGAAGGAGAAGCCACUUCCCAGACUUAACAUUCACUCUGCAUUCUGGAUAUUGGCAUCAAUAGCUACUACAUACUACAUUGAAUUUUUUAAAGUUGUUAAAGAGAUUAUUCAGCAAGAAAGCUGGUGGUUUAUACUUGGCAUUUGCUUAUUGAUUAUCAGUUUGUCUGUGGCCUUCUAUUGCAUAAUAUAUCUUGAGUGGUAUCAUGGAAUCGAGGACUAUGAUGCCACCUACCCUGCACUGAUACCUAUAACAACAGCUAGUUUUAUUGCGGCAGCAGUUUGUUUUAACAUUUCUUUAUGGCCCAUAUGGUCUUUCCUCACACCUGUGGUGCUCUUUGUCCAGUUCAUGGGUAUUGUGAUGCUUGUGUCGCUCCUCGGCUAAAUCUUUUAUGAAAAGUAAAUAGUGGACCUGCCAGCAUACAUAUUUGGAUAUACUGGGAUCCUGGGAUGAAGACCUGCAAGCCGAUCUCAAGCAACUUGUGUUUAAAAGGGAUAUUCACUUGAAUUGUUAAACUUGUUUUGUGUUUAAUAGGGACACUUUUACUUUGAACUAUGAUCUUAAACUCUGGGGAUAUGAGUCAUUGAAAUGCUAACAGAAAAUCACAGUUUUGCUAUUGUUCUGGCAUAGCUGUUGACUUAACCUAUAUUAAAGUGUAUCACAGGAAAUCAUAAUUGAUUAUGUUUAAGAAGUUAAUAAUAGGGACACAUUUCGCCCUUUUAAAAAAUAAUUAUGUUCAUGAUAUUUUUGAGAGCAAUGAAAAUAGUAAAUCUCCAAAUUGCUGAAUGAUUAGUUGUUUGAAUUGUUAAAUAUUAUAUAAACACAUAAAUAAAUCAAAACUAUAAUAUAUUUAACCACCCGCCCUGUGGAACGCCCUCCCACCAGAUGUCAAAGAGAAAAACAACUACCAGACUUUUAGAAGACAUCUGAAGGCAUCCCUGUUUAGGGAAGCUUUUAGUGUUUGAUGGAUUACUGAAUUUUAAUACUUUGUUGGAAGCUGCCCAGAGUGGCUGGGGAAGCCCAGCCAAAUGGGCGGGGUAUAAAUAAUAAAUUAUCAUUAUUAUUA